UUGCUUCCCCUCUUUCAUAUUUCCCAAACCUUACCUUAUCUAGGGUUAGGGUUUUGCUCAUUCUGAGUUUCUCUCUCAAUACCAAAAAUAUCCUCAAAUUGAAGAUGAUGCAACAACCAGCACAAGCUAUGGUACCACCACCAAUGGCUCCACCACCUUCUAUGGCGGGUGCUCCACAGACCCAACAACAGUACCAAUAUCAGCAACCACCUCCGGCUCCGGUUCCUCAGACACAACAACCUUACAUGAUGAUGAACAUGAUGCAGCCGCCUCAGAGUCAUCCUCCACCUAUGUGGCCCCCACAACAAGGUUCGGCUGGGGUACCGGCUCAACAACAGCCAGCGGGUCAACCGGCUAACGCAGAUGAGGUUCGGACUUUGUGGAUCGGAGAUUUGCAGUAUUAUAUGGAUGAGAAUUAUCUCUUGAGCUGUUUUGCACAAACUGGAGAGGUUGCUUCUGUAAAAGUUAUCCGCAACAAGCAAACCGGUCAAGUGGAGGGCUAUGGGUUUAUUGAGUUUGUUUCAAGAGCUGCUGCUGAGAGAGUUUUACAAACAUACAAUGGUACACCUAUGCCAAAUGGUGAGAGCAACUAUAGGUUGAACUGGGCAUCCUUUAGUUCAGGCGAUAGGCGAGAUGAGACCCCUGAGUUCACAAUCUUUGUUGGAGACUUGGCUGCUGAUGUUACAGAUUACAUGCUUCAAGAGACCUUCAGGGCACACUUUCCUUCGGUGAAGGGUGCAAAGGUUGUGAUUGAUAGGAUCACUGGGCGCACAAAAGGUUAUGGGUUUGUCAGGUUUGGCGAUGAAACUGAAUAUAAUCGUGCCAUGACUGAGAUGAAUGGUGCUUUUUGUUCAACUAGGCCUAUGCGCAUAGGGCCGGCUACUAACAAGAAGACUGGUGCUGCACAGCAAUAUCCAGCAGCUUCAUCUCAAGGGACUCAGAACGAGAAUGAUCCAAAUAAUACAACUAUAUUUGUUGGUAAUUUGGAUUCUAACGUGACUGAAGACCAUUUGAGAGAGGUAUUCAGCCCAUAUGGUCAGUUGGUGCAUGUGAAGAUUCCACAAAACAAGCGUUGUGGAUUUGUUCAAUUUGCUGAUAGGAGUUGUGCCGAAGAAGCUCUCCGAAUAUUGAACGGGACUCAGUUGGGUGGACAAAGUAUUCGGCUUUCAUGGGGUCGUAGCACAUCAAACAAGCAGGCCCAAGCAGAUCCAAACCAGUGGAACGCUGGAUAUUAUGGAUACAGCCAAGGAUAUGGUUACGGCUAUGGCGCUGCCCCACAAGACCCCAACAUGUACUAUGGAGGGUAUCCUGGGUACGGAAAUUAUCAACAGCCGCAGCAACAGCAACAAGUCGGAUAUAGCUAAGUGCUGAUAUUAACUGUCUUUCGUGGCUGCUGUUCUCUCUUUACUAGUAUUAUGAACUUGUGCUACUUGAUUUCUCCUUUGUUUCGCUAUAGGGGGAUAUAAACUUAAGGCUGUGUUAUUCACUUGUUAAAUAGCAUAUGCACUGUAUAAACCUCCUUUUAUUACAAAAAUUUUGUACUA